GGGCGGUGGCGGGGGGCGGGGCGGCGUAGCCGGACAGGGCCGCCGGGCCGGGGGAGCCGAUCGGGCAGGAGAAGGCGGGAGGACGCGAGGGGCGCGAGGGGCGCGCGGCAGCAUGAGUCAGCAGCGGCCGGCGCGGAAGCUGCCCAACCUGCUGGUCGACCCGGCGCAGGAGACGGUCCGCCGCCGCUGCCGGGACCCCAUUAAUGUGGAGAGCCUGCUGCCAUCCAAAAUAAGGAUUAAUUUAGAAGAAAAUGUGCAGUAUGUAUCCAUGAGAAAAGCGCUGAAGGUGAAACGGCCUCGUUUUGAUGUGUCACUGGUUUACUUAACUCGAAAAUUUAUGGAUCUUGUCAGAUCUGCUCCUGGGGGUAUUCUUGACUUAAAUAAGGUUGCAACCAAACUGGGAGUCCGGAAACGGCGAGUGUAUGACAUCACCAACGUCUUAGAUGGCAUCGAGCUAGUUGAAAAGAAGUCUAAGAACCACAUUCGGUGGAUAGGAUCUGACCUUAACAGUUUUGGAGCAGUACCCCAGCAAAAGAAGCUGCAGGAGGAACUUUCAGACUUAUCAGCCAUGGAAGAUGCUUUGGAUGAGUUAAUUAAAGAUUGUGCUCAGCAGUUGUUUGAGUUAACAGAUGACAAAGAAAAUGAAAGACUGGCAUAUGUAACCUAUCAGGAUAUUCACAGCAUUCAAGCCUUCCAUGAACAGAUUGUUAUAGCAGUGAAGGCUCCAGAGGAAACCAGAUUGGAUGUUCCGGCUCCCAGAGAAGAUUCUAUCACGGUACAUAUAAGGAGCACCAAAGGACCCAUUGAUGUGUAUUUGUGUGAGGUGGAGCAGAACCACUCAAAUGAUAAGACACCUGAUGGAGUAGAGGUCUCUCCAUCCAAAAACAAACCUCCAGAAUGCACAGAGGAAGAAGAAAAUCCUCAGUGAGAUGAAGAGUCACUUGAAGUGAGCGACUGAUAGGGAAAUUAAUUGAGGUCUUUGGAGCAUCCUGCAUGGAUAAAUUAUGCACUGGUUUGAUCUUCAGCAAUAAGUCUCCCAUGACAUGCUCUCCUCAGUCUGGAUUAGCGGUAGUAUAAAGGCCAGUAGCAGCCUUGAGUAGCUCCCUACUUAGGUCACUGGAGAAUUACAUUCCCACAUUCAAAAUCAACUCUAGAUAAUUAUUCACUGCUUUUUGUCAGUGAAAUAAAUUUCUUGCCUCCUGAACUAACUUUAUCAUGAAGAAUAUCACAGAAACAGAUGGUCAGGUCUGGCACAGUUCAUCAUGGACUUGCCUUCCCUGAAGGAUGAUGUCAUGUGUCACAGAAGAAUUGCCUUACACUGGUUCACGUUUGCAGUUAGGUGUUGUGAGUUGGCUAGGUCUGCACACAGAGCCAAAUGUGUCUGUAUAUAAUCUUUAAUAAGAUUACUUAUUAAAUAUGUCUAAGUGACACUUUUACCCUUGAACAGCCAAAAUAAUGUAUAGAGAGUGACAAAUGCUCUAAUUUCCUGAGUAUCUAUAACUUAAAAGAAUCCUCUGGAUGAGGGUUAGAGGACUUUUUCUAAAUUUCUACAUGUAGAAGUAUUACAGAUAUACUUAAAGUAUUUUAAUAUGGUUUCCCGAUGCUAAAAUUAGAGUGGAAUAUGUCUUGAUUUUAAGCUGCCUACAGAGUCCCUGUGUCCCAAUAGAUUGGUGACCUGUCUCAAGGCUUUAGGGGCAAGCCUAGAAAUGCCAUCGGGCAAUGGAUCAGUUCAUUGAGGGUGAACUUGGUCCUGGUGAAACCUGAAAGCCUUCUUAGGCUUUAUCAAGCAGAUUUUAUAGUGUGUCUCUGUAUGCAGCCUUGCUCCUCGGCCAGAGGGGUUUUACCUCCUAUGCGUCGUACCCUGCCCACUCUCCAGCUCUAGCCUUGCCUUUCCAAGCACCUAGCUAUUUCUACCUCAGUGGGUAAAUCAUUUACCCCUCUGUGCCUCCGUUUACUCAGUAAUUUACCAUUAGACUGUGAGCUCCUUGAGAGACCUUAUAGUCUUUGUUCUUUCUCAGCGCCUUGCACCAUGCCUAGUCCAUUCAAAGUGCCCAAUAAAUGUCUAGCAAACCAGUGAGUGGGUGAGUGUAAAGGGGGGCUGCUGGAACCUAGCUUAUCUGUUGCACAGGAUUCUGGAAAGCAUCAUUCACAUUUUAAUUUCUUACUUUCAUAGAAAGAUUUGAAGCAACUUGCAAUAAAGACCAUGUGUAAGAAGAUUUAAAAUAGGGAUCCAAAAUUAAAAUUUAUUUAAAAAAUAAUGCUGAGUGCUUUGGAUUCCUGUCAUCUAAGCUCAGGAGCUUUGCCACUUGUACUCUAUGCUGGACGCCAGGUCCCCGACCCCAGCAACCUCUGCCUGUUUAUUACAAGAUACUUAAGAGACUACCAGUAAUCACUGUGGCCACCUUCCAGGCAUUUCCUUCUCUUUUAUACAAAAAGUUCUUUGAAGUCAGCCAAAGAAAAGCCUAGGACAUGCUCCUUUCCUCUUUAGACUGCUAGUUGGUGAAAUGUGACAAGAUAUGGAACACAAGAGGAACAGCAAAAGGGGUAGAAAUUAAGUUUGAGACAUGUUGGAUGGAGGCAGAAGUCCUGGCACCUGAAUUUGGGGGUCAGGUGCCUCUGGGAAGAGCUGGGAUUAGGAGAGUGCACUUGGCAGAUGUUGGUUCAUUUGUGAUGGUUGAGCCUGGAGAGGAGCUGAGCUCAUCUGAUUGAACAUCAUAGGCAAGGAGAGGCCCAAGAGCAACUGUGUCUAGAGAACACAGAAGAAAACCCUUCUGAAGGAAUGUUGGAAGGAGGAAAAGCUGAAGGUAAUGUCCCACAUCCCAGGAAGCAUUGCCAGAGGUGAGCAGCAGAUCCUGGCCUGGGCAGUAGGACAGAUGAUCUGCUUUACAGGACAUUCUGAGGGUAUGAUAUCAUGUCACCAAGAGUCCUUUGUCAAUUGUAAAUGUGUUUUAUAAAUGAAGUGUCUUCAUUACUCUG